AUGCUUCGUCGACCGGCGACGGUUGGUCGCUGGCUUCGGCAGGCGUCGUCGACCGCGUUCCCAGCGUACGGGUCCAUUGGCGGCGCAUACACACUCGCCAACGGCCACGACGUGCACUAUACAUGCCACGGGCCGUCCACAGCAGCGGCGACGGUGGUCCUCCUGCAUGGCGCACCCGGGUCGUUCAAGGACUUCAAGUACCUCGCGCCGCUGCUCGUCGAGACGCUGCCGCAGCUCAACGUUCUUGCACUCGACUUGCCUGGGAACGGCCGCACAAGCGGCGAUGCAGCCGGCGGUCAAGCGCACAUGUCGUCCGAGACGGUGGCGACAGCGGCCACCGAAGCCGUCAAUGGUCUGCUGCGUGACAACCAGCCGGUAAUUUUGCUCGGGCACUCGUUCGGCGGCCACACGGCCAUGCAAGUGGCGGCAGCUACGAGCCGGGAUGUGCGCGGCCUCGUGCUUCUCAACUCGGUCGGCCUCGACCGGCGCCCGUACGAACGGUUUGCCGCGCCGUUUUCUCGCCUCCUCCGCACCGACGGGCUCCUUCGCGAGCUCGUGAUCGCCGUCAACCACUGGCGCUACAUGAACAUAUUCAAGUUUCCAAAGAAGACGCCAAUGGACGACUUGACCUUUGCGCUGCAGCGCCUUGGGUCGAGCGACUUUGACGCGAUUGACGCUUGCGUGACGCAUCUCCGCGCCAAGCAGCUGCCAAGCAUUGUCGCGUAUGCGAUGGACGAUAUUGUCGUGCGACCCAACGUCGGACUCGAAUUGAGCGAGCGCCUCGCGGCCGACGUGCACCUGGCGUACCCCGUCGGUGGCCACAACUUGCAGAAAACCCAAGUGAAGGAUGUUGUCGCGAAUGUCGCGACGUGGAUCACGACCCGCCUCGGACUUUAA